GGAAACUUCUCUGCUGGGAAAAUGGGAGAAGGAGCAGGGGGAACCCCCAGCAGAAGCCGAGCCCCAGAGUUACAGGCCACGGGGUGCUGCCCUCUGGGGUGAGGGAUUCCAGGGAGACGCCAGCAUGCAGGGAGGCUCCCUGAGCCCACAGGCCCCCAGCCAGCGCCGCGCCAGCCGCCAGUCCCAGCAGAGCCCGGUUACCUGAGCCACGAGAACUCCGAGUUCCGGGAUGUCCCCUUUGGCAGCCCAGGGACUCCGCAGGCUUCUGGCUGGAGUCCAGGCGGUAGCAAACGCCUGCUGGGGCGGAAGCUGUGGGGCUGUGAGGAGGCCAGCCCUGUGGAGGGGAGUGUCUGCCCCAGGGAGCAAACUCACGCCUGCUCGCUCCUGUUGGUCUUUGGGCUGGAGCUGCAGGCUGGGAGGGCAAGGGGCUGCCGCCACGGGGCAUCCUGCAAGCUCCCACACAGCAGUCACGUCCCUCGGCCAGAUGCUGACUGGGCAAGCAGUGGCCUUACUCUCCCUGACCUGGGGCGCUUACCAGAGCCUGGCGGUCCCCAGGGUCUCAGAAUGUGGCCUCUCCUGUUCUCAGGGCUUCACCUGCAAGAGCCGCGUGAACCGAAAUAUCUUCAACAGCUUCUGCCAGCAGCCACCCACGUCCAUGUCCAGGUCGGUGCUGGAGGCCCUGGCGCUCUCCACCGCCAUGAAGUGCAGCCCCCCUGACGGCUGCGCCCUGCUCUUGCGGGUACAAGCCUCCCUCACGCCGCACGAGAGCCUGCGGGGCCUGGAGGCCUGCUCCGUGAGCCUGGACACCCAGGAGACGCAGUGCCAGAGCGUGCGCAUCCGCAGGGCCUCCCGCUGGCCGCAGGGGGGGCAGCAGCUCCAGGUGCACUUCGACUGCUUUGAGGUGGGCGUGGCCCAGAGCCUCUACGUCACCCUGAGGACCGUCCCCCACUUCUGCGGGAUCCAGCUGGACCAGCAGUACCGGGUGGAAGACUGCAGCGACGAGGACGUGGGGAGGGCCGUGCCAGACUGCUUUGCCGGGAAGCUCUCCUAUUGGGUGGCCCGCAGCCACAAGGUCGUUCUGGUGCAGGUGCCAGAGGCUCCUGGGGGCCGCGACUACUACGUGCGGCUCUGCCUCAAGCGGUUCACCUGUGAGGAGGCAGGCGCCCCGGUGCGGGUGACAGCGGACGGGGUCUCCCGGAGAGUCUCCCUGCCCUACAGCCAAGAGCUGCCAUGCUUGUGCCUUGAGGCCUGGCCUGCGACCCCCGACGCCGUGCGGAUCCAGGCCUGCCCCUUCAAAGACGACACAGAGACGUUGUGGGACGCUGUCUACUACCAGCCGGGCAGCCAGGCGCUGAGCUGGGAACCCCCCUGCCCCGUGAGUGGCCACGUGAGCCUGUGCUGGCGCCCAGGGCCAGGGGCCCCCUGCCUGGAGCUGGAGCACUCCGGCCGGCCGGCACACCGCAGGGUGCGGUACUCGCUGGUGGACGCGCAGCCCCAGCUCUGCCUGAAGUUCUCCACGAGCCUGGGCGUCCGGCUGAGGUGCCCUUUCCAGCAGCUGCGCUUCCCAGCCUGGAAGAUGACCGUCCAGCCGGCCCCGGCUCCGGGCCGCCUCCGGGUGGCCUUCUUCUCGCCCAGCCCUGCCCGCUUCCAGGUGUGCCUGUGUCAGCAAGGAGGGACGUGGCCCUCGGCCUGCCGCCAAGCGCUCCAGGCCACCGCCAUCCCUGCAGCCUCAGGUGACCCCACGGAGGAGCCUGUGGCGGCCUUCGUGGACAUUCCCGAGGACGAGGCCUGUGCGCCCGGCACCUGCAUCCAGGUCAGGAGGACCGAUGCCCACUUCUCGGCCCCCCAGCAGCUGUGUGACCUUCCGUGCGCUGCCACCCAGGGGACAGCAGCCUGAGGCCAGGUGUCUCGCCAAGAAGAAGCAAGCGCCAGGGCCCGAUGGCAGGGCUGUGGAAAGGGGUCAACUCACACCUGGACCCCAGGCUCUGACGCGAGGGCCAGGCCUUGCCUGGCCCCUGACUGUGGGGCCUGUGGCCCUGCCGGAGCUCCAGAGGCUGUGGCUCCACCGGGCCCCUUGGGCCAGGCAUGGCUUCAGGUCAGACGAAGGACCUUCAGCCCCCCCGAAACCCCUGAGUGGGCGCCAAGUGAAUGGCUGCCCGGGGUGCCCCCUCCCCCAGAGGGCCCAGCCCCUGACCUGCCCCAUCUCAGCCUGGUCCAGGCUCCCCCCUCUGGACAACCAGGGCCAGGGCCUGGAGUGCAGGGCGUGGGCCCACCCUUUCUGCAGCUGAGCGGCUCUGAGGGCCCAGGACCACUUCGGGUUCCUGCUGAGAGCACCCCUCAUUGGCUGGGGUCUACACACUCGGUGAGCCCCUGCUGUCCAGGCUGGGCCUCCCCCGGCCCUCGGCCCCUCACACAGCUUGCCCUCCACCCUUCAGAGGCUCUGCUAAGAACCCAAGGCUGGCAGGCCACCCGGAGCCCUGCACCACCCCCCAGGCCCCCAGCAGGCCAGCGAGGACUGGCCACUUCCGGGGGCUUCGGGGGCCUCCUGCCAGCAGAUGCCAUUCUCAGAUGUGUCACAUGCACGGGCGGCCACCAUGGGCCACCUGUGUUCAAGGACCACAGGGGAACCCUUGGCCCUGCAAUGCCACUUCUGUGUCCCAGGCCCGAGGUCGCCCAGCAUUUGGCCGGUGGGGUCUGCCCUCACAGGACUCUUCUGCUGGCUGACAAGGACCACCGGGCCACCCCCCAGCCACCGUCGCCAUUGCCACCUGCUCACAGAGCACACAGGGACGGGCAGGGACGCCACCAUCCACCAGUGCACACCUACCUCCAGGCCCCGGCCUGGCCGUCCCUCGGUCGCUGGCCUUCUCGUCCUGCCGCUUACAAGGGCUGCUGCCCCGCGCGCAAAGCCAGCGAGCUGCUCGUGCAGGAGCCACUUGGCCAGCUGGCGUGCCUCCUGCCGUGAGGACAGAGACGGGGUCCACGGGGCAGGCCGGCUCCUCGGGGUGGGGGUGGGGGACCACAGGGCCCGGAUGCACCUCCUAAAACGGGAUCCGGGGGCCAUGACCGCAGCUGGGGGCGAGGGUGGGCCACAGACAACAGCAGGUGGAGCCUGCUGCCCCUCCACCAACAGCCCCAACCGCCCUAUCUGUGGGAGGGAGAGUGGGACCCACUCGGCCCGAAGGCAGCCCCCUGGACUACCGACAGGGCUGCCCACACCUCAAGCCCCGGGCUCCCUCCCGCCCCGUGGGGCUGUGGCUCUGGGCUCAGCGGAGGACCCCUUGCCAAGCUCUGGAGACCCGCUGACCCCAGGCGCCCCCUCCCCAUCCAGGCACAGGGCCAGGUGGGGGCACAAGAUCCCAGCUCUGGCUCAGUGCCCCCCAAGUUCCUGCUCCCCCGCCCCAUGCCAGGACCACCCAUGGGUCCCCUGGCCCAGGAAGAGAAGCCCCAGGAAUCCUUGCCUGCCGGAGCGGGGAGGACUUGCUGGGGUGGCUGCUGGGAACUGACUGGUCGCAGGCUCCUGGAACUUGACGUGGCUGCCCCGCCAGGGAGGCAGGGGGUGGGGGGAUGCAAACAGAGGCGACAGCUGUGCCCUCCAGGGACUAAAGAUGUUCAGGGCCCCAGCUGCCCUGCUGCCAGUGUGUGCUGCCACCAAGUGGUGGUGGCACUCAGUGCCGGAUUCCCAGCUGGACCCUGCAUCCCCCCUCCACGUUAGGAUCUGGAACCACACCCAGAGCGCCAUGGCCGCACAGGUCCACUGCCUGGGCGGGUAACUGCCCCCAGCAGCAGGAAACUCCAUCCACGCACCGCCCCCUGCCCGGGCUCACGGCUUAGCCAGGGUGGGCCUUCGGAUGUCCGAGUGUGCCUCAUUCAUUCACUCAUUCAUUCCUCAAGCAGGCACCGAGCAGCCCCCGGGGGCCCCAGUGUCCCAGCUCGAAGAACAAGCAGCAUUGUCCCCAGAGCUGGGGACACCCCCCCCCCCGCCCCUGGGUCUGCCCUGCACUGAGGGCUUCUCGGGUCAGGAUUUUCCAUCCAAAACCCAGGCAUGGGGCCACAGGCCACCCUACCUGGACCUGACCUGUGCGUGGGGAAGACGGGCCACAAACAGCUCAAUAUGGAACCGAUAAGGGCCACCCGGUACCAGCGUGGGAAGGAGGCGGGGAGAGCAAAUAGGAAGGGUGGGACGGAUGCCACUGAGAGGAAGUGGUCCUGGCGACACGUGAGCCUGGUUCUAACGGGGGGGGGGGGGGCAGGUGAAGGGUGUGGCAGGCAGGUGGAACCAUGGGGUGUCCUGACUUUGGUACCUUGGCUACGAGUGAAACAGGGCCCGGAGCUGGCACCUGCUGAUACGAGGAGCCAGUCAUUCAUGCAGCACUUUCUGUGAGCUGCUCUCUCAGUGAUCAGAACAGAUCCCUGUCCCAGGCAGAGAAGAGAGGCAUAAAAGUUAAAAAAAAAAAAAAAAAACAACGGUAAAUUAUCUAGGAUAUAAAAAGCUAUUCAGAAAGUGAAACAGGAGCAGGAUACUUUCUGAGAUGGUCUCGGGGGCAGCGUGGCAGCACAGGUCUCAGGCAAAGACAGGAGUUAGUGGACAGACACCCCUGGGGACACAGGGUUAACGCCCCGAACGUCCUUUCGCAAAAGCAGAAAAGAAUGGCACGUUUUUCCUAUUGGCUGAGCAGCGGGAGGUUGCAAAGAGGGCGUCUCACCCUCUCUUACGAGCCAGGCAGGAGCAACCCCUUCCGCACGGAUCUCCAGAGGGAUGAUGCCUGCCCUCGAGGGCACAGGACGUAGAGCUUACCUCGUGUGAUGAGAACACAGCUUCUGCUCUCACGCCCAUUUGUGUGGAAUGUCUCAUUCCACCCUUUCCCUUUCAACCUCUCUGCACCUCUGUAAAGUGAGUUUUUGGGCCACGGCAUACGGUUGGAUGUCUUUGCUAACCUCGGCCUUUUAGUUGGAGCGUCUAAUCACUCACAGUUAAAGUCAUUACUGAAAAGAAAGGGUUUACUCCAUCGCAGCUCCUGCUGUCUGCGUGGCUGAAUGGUUUCUUCCCUGUUCCUCCGUCCCUGCCUUGUCUGGGCUCCGGUUCUUUUCUUAAUGGCUUCCUUGGGAAUUACAGCUGAAAACCUCAACGUAUAAAAAUCUAUUUUGAGUAAAAAUA